AUGGCAUCCUCGGCCACCCAGACGGUCUGCUCGGCCGUGAGCAAAAUCAUUAGCACCUUUACCGACACUGGCUCCGUACGCGAUCGGUAUGUGAGUUUGGCUUCGCCAGAUGACCUCCACCACACGGACAAGUCGCAAGAGUUUGUGAACCGAAAGUUCUGGCUCACCUUAAACCUCCUCUCCAUCUGCAUCGUCGUAGUCAGCGUGAUACUGACGGUGGUCAUGUCUUUGCCGGAGGUCCGGUCCCACUCCUCCUACACGCGGAUGUACGAUGUGGUGGAGAUGGCCUGCGCAGCCUUCUUCAUCGUCGAGUAUCUUCUGCGAGUCCUCGGAUCGGGGAGCCGGCGGUUUUCCUACGCCUUCUCUGCCCUCGGCCUGGUGGACUUCGUUGUGGCUGCUUCCUCUGUCGCGGCCAUCAUCACACGCUAUCGCGACCUGGUCGGGCCGGGUCAAGACGCCGACCUUUGCCAGCCUCUCGUCUGCUUGCGGAUGCUUCGGCUGCUGAAGCUCAUGCACUACAUCCGGGAGUGUCGGCAGCUGUCGCAUGCCCUUAGCAACGAGUUCCGGUUCAUCAAUGUCUUCCUCUUCGGAAUCCUGGUCAUCGUGCUGAUGCUGGGGACAUGCCUUUAUGCCGCCGAAGAUGGUGCCAACGGCUUCGAAUCAAUUCCACAUGGAAUGUGGUGGGCCACAGUGACUUUGACAACUGUCGGUUAUGGCGACGUCGUCCCACAGACGCACGACGGAAGCGCUAGCUGUUUCAUUGCUCCUGGCGCCAUGCGGACCCUGUCGCCGGAAACAGCAAAGUGCUUCGAAGAUGAGUCUGACUCUGACGACGAGUCAGACAACGCAGCUGAGAAGAGUGGGCGUCCCUUACAAUGGCUUGAUUUAUGUACACUUGUGGUGACUAUAGUGAUUCUCAUCGCUAUCGCACUUGGCUUCUUUGGCUGUCUGGACCUGUCUCAUCGCGUGGCCGUGUCAGGUGAGAGAACUGUGAGCCUUUCAAACUUCACGUCCGAGGCCCUAAAUGCCUUGAAGCAUGCAUUGAGAGCAUCGGCUGGAGACGUGCGCCAUCAGCUUCCCAGGGAGAUCGACAACAUGAUCGAUGGCUGUGAGGUGAUUGAAACCAAGGCACGGGACUUGGUUCAACUGGCUCAAUCUGGAGAGAUUCUGCAGGGUACCGCGCAGGGAGUCUACAAGAAGCUGAUGCUGAUGCUUUAUGUCGCCUCACGAAUACUGCUUGAUGUCGAAGAAAGAAUAAAGUCCAUGCCCUGGCAGAAGAUCUCGAAGUAUCUGGCUUCAGCAACGAGCUCAAUGCGGCGGUUCGAAGCCGGCGCACAGUUGUUGGCACCUCACCUACCAGCGAGAACGCAAGAGGCAGUAUACCGGCUCACCAACGCGACGGAUCAGCUGGAAGGGAUUACGCAGCAGAUGCAGUCUGCCCUACAGAUGCUGCGGCGCAUGGACGACAUGUGCGAGACCUUUACCGGUAAUGUCUCGGAGCUGGUUGCCAAGACGAUGAGCCCAAAUGCCCAAGCGAAGGUGGACUCACUGAUGAAAUCUCAUGACCCCUUCAGCUUGCUUCAUGAUGAAGCCAUGCCCGAAAUGAGCCAACUGCUGGAUGAUGGGGUGGUGAAGGGUUUCAACGAGCUGACAUCUUCGACGCAGUCCGCGGCUAAGCUCCUCUUCACCAAUGUCAACCACAUUACCAGGAUGCUGAGUGAGAAGCUCCACAGCCUGAAGGGCGGAACGGUUACACAAAUCUCCAUCUCGGUGACGGAAGCCGCUGUGGACACCAAGGGAGAGUUCGAGUUCUUGGAGGUGGGGGUGCGGAAGGUCGGACGAACUACGAAGGAGUCACUGGAUGAGCUCGCAUGGGUAUAUACCAUCUUGGGCGUGGUCAUGAUGGUGUGCGUCCUGGUGGUGCUGGCGCUGGUCCUAGCCUACCUCUUCAUGCUGCAGCACGAUCAGGCAGCGAACAGCUCCCUCCUCGGAUCAGCCCCGGAGGGCUGGAAGCGACAUGCCCUGCGCGCAGCUCAGUGCUGCGCGCGCUGCUGCAGCGCGUUGGCCAUGGAGAUUCUACUGGAUGGCCUGGCCAUCCUCCUCUUUCUUCUGGCCCUGUCCUUUAGCAUGCUCUGCGGAUUCCAUCUGGCUGUCUACACAGCUUGUCAAGGCAAUGCGGCCUUGUUGCACAACUCGGCUUGUACCGAGGCCGUGGAAGAAUUCAGCGAGGCCCUGGAGAACUCAGACUUCUUUGCAGGACACAACUGUGCCGGCGACGGCAUUCUCCUGUGCAGAGAUGUGAGCGUGAGCAGUACGAAGUGGCCGGUCCUGGUCAUGUUUAUCCCCAUGGCAGUGUCGCU